CCGGCUGCCUCGCACUUAUACGCCAUCACCAUCAAGCCCCAAGAGAGCCCGUGGUUCGAAUUUUACCUUACUUGUUCCUAUUUAGCAUCGAAAUUCUCCAUAUGGCUUGGAACGGGAACCUUCUCUAGGCUUUGGGGGGAGCGGGAAAUUAGGCUUCAGAUCGUAAAAGACACACGUUGGCGCCGUUUCUCAUAUGGGGAAUCAUCGUCAUCGACGGCCUCAGUUUAUGCUCACUUCUAGUUUUCACCACUCAAACUCAAGCCAUUACUGACUCAUAAACAAUAUACUCAAGUUCCUAUUGUUUACAUUAAUUGAGUAAAGUUUGUUCAAUUCAAACUCACUUUCACUGGAGAAGCCACCCCUUUGUUUAGUUCUAUAUAUUGUCGGUCCUCUCCCGGACCCCCCAGCUCCGUCACCAUGUCUCUCAAAUCACUCAAGGAACUCGCCAUGAUGGCUUGCAUCAAGAACAUCCGUGAUAUCGACAACAUCGGCUUCCUCAGCUACGAGGUCGCCCGUGAGCUCUUGAUCAAGAUCGACAAUCCCGCUCAGCUUCGACAGAUCGAACUCAAUUCGCCUCACAUUGAAGGCCAAACAGCUGAGAUAUGGCUCAAGUUCAUUGAACGCGACUUUCCCCUGGAGUCCAAAUCCAAGGCGUAUCAACCCAGAGACCCGAAAAAAUGGUACAAGAUCUGGGAGAAGUAUAAGAUUGAGCACGACAGAGCGCUUCAAGAGAGCGAGGACAAGCUCAAAUUUGCCCUGGCCGGCCUCCGUCAAGACAAGGAGAAGAACACGAGCAAGAUCAUCAGCAACAAGGCACUCCCCAGAUCUGCAAAGAUGGCAAUCAGGCGAUAUACCGGUCCUCGUGAAGGCUCUUCCAACGCCUUGACCUUUGGUGGUGGCAGCCGCACCAAGACAGUCAACGGGGCAAGUGUCAUGCGAAAGGUCCGCCGUGAGGUAAAGGAGAUUGCCAACAUCCACGGCUCCCUUUCUCGAAGCAUCAGAGCGCCAUAUAGAGGCCAAGGCGUCACGAGAGCACCGGAAGCCAUGGUGAAUGAUCGCAAGAGAGCCGCACAACCAGCUUUCCGACCAGCCCCGAAGGAGCCCGUAAAGAUCUCACCCUUGGAAGCUGCGCUGGAGGAAUUUGAACGACGCGCUACCUACCUCUCUGACUCUGAAGAGAAUGACGACGGUGAUGAGGAUGACCACGAUAAUGCCCUAGAUCGAAGGGCAGCCGCCAUAUCCAAGCAGCCCGCCAAUGCCGCGCCCACGCCAGCUGUAAAGACUACAACAAAGGCACCUAUCAGCACGCUCCAGCGAAAGUUUGGUGGGUUCAAACCUUCAGUUCCUCCAGCUGCGGUUGUCACCAAGAAGGCACCAGUGGCAAAGCAGGCAGAGAACUCUCAGAAGCGUUCUCAACCCGUCCUACCCCAGACGCGGAACUCUGAGCCUCUGGAUGAGAAAAGUUCACCCCAGUCACUCGAUGAACUUUUGUCUGCUGUCGAAUCUCAGCAGCAAGCCCCGGCAGUCUCAGCUCCGCCACGCAAGCGGAAGGCUGUGGACAUAUUCAUGCGACCCAAGCGGAGGGCCUAAAGUGCAGGGAGAUGGACACCUGCUAAGCAAACAUUGUCUUCUUUGUUUUUGGCGCCGCCUAUUUUCUCUCAUUUGAUACCAAGGGUGAUAAAUACCCACAAUGAUUAUACAAGGAAUGGAGUUUCGGUACAAGGCUGGCAGGGCGAGCUUCAAGCCCAGAUUCAGGCAAGGCAAUAUUGAAUUUUUCUUUUUACUAUACUGUUUCUCUUUGUGUCACAUGCUAAAUGGAUAGCUGCUGGUGGAUAUGAUGCAGCUACUUGUAUAUUAGUAGACACAAAUGCAGAUGGCUUCAAGCGGGUUUGACAAAUACGGUUCAAUAAACUUACGAGAUUGU